AUGAUUGUCUCAGAUAGAGGUGAGAUCAUACAAGUUAAGGAGUUUAUUAAUCUAGAUUCCCAAACAUCCUUCAUCUCUGAAAGUUUAGUUCAGCAACUCCACUUGUCAAGACAAUCAUCAUCGCUACGAUUAAAGGGGAUCGCUGCUGUGAAAGCUGACAGAACACGAGGCUUAGUUUCCGUGAAGCUGACACCUUAUCUUGAAUCCUCAUCAGAGUACAUAAUUUCUGCUCACAUUCUUCAAAAACUGACUUCAGAGUUUUCUGCUUUCGAUAUUAGGAACGUCAAUUGGCCGCAUUUAGAAGGGGUUCGGCUUGCUGACCCUAAUUUCCAAGAAACUAGUCAUGGGGACGUCAUCAUCGGAGCUGACUAUUACGGUCAGAUCCUUGAAGAAAGUCUCCGCCGAGGUUCAAAUAAUGCUCCAACCACACAAGCUACGAUUUUUGGGUGUAUUCUUUUCGGUCCAAAAUUUGGGAAGCAAGAGGAAAUUCCAACGAAAUUCGAAUCUUCUUUAUCAAAAGAAAAUCAAGAGUGUGAGGAUCACUUUAAAUCAUCACACUCUCGAGAUUCAGACGGACGCCACGUUGUUAAACUUCCUUUCAGAAAAUCAACUGAACUUCUUGGAGAUUCGAAACCUGCAGCCUUGCGUAUGCUUCCAAGGUUAUCCAAUAAAUUACAAACGAAUACAGCUUUGAAAAAAGCUUCCGUAGAUUUUCUUACUGAGUAUGAGUCUUUGAAACACAUGAAGAUCGUCUAUGAUUCAGAUGUGGAUUUAUCUCAACCAGUUUAUUAUCUGCCACAUCAUGGCAUCAUACGUGAAAUUCGUAUUACUACCAAGCUUCGUGUAGUCUUCAAUGCUUCCAGCAGUACUUCGUCCGGGGCUUCAUUAAAUGACAUUCUGCACACAGGAGCGAAACAUCAAACUGACCUAAUUGAUUGGCUUCAUCUCUCUUCUCAAUCAUGGCCCACUCACUUCGAGGCUCCAAAUGAAAAUAAUCUAGAAGAGCGUCCAGUUUUAGCAAUUUCUACCACUGUAAAGCCUGUGAAGACCCAGUGGGAACUUUUAACUAAAUAUUCUGACCUGAAUAAGCUUUUACGAAUCAGAGCUCUUUGCAAAAGAUUCAUCCUUCAUUCAUUCGAGAAAGAGCAUAAACUCUUAUCAAAGGGAGAAUCUCUACCAAAUUCUCAUUAUCUUUCUCGUUUAACACCUUUUAUCGAUUUCCGAGGGACUCUACGACUUGGAAGAAGACUUCAAGCAUCUUUACUUCCGCUGAAUUCGAAACAUCCAUUUAUUUUGCCGAAAGAGUCUCCUUCUACACGGCUAAUCAUAUCUGAUGCUCAUCAGUAUUCACUACAUAGAGGAACCCAAGAUACUUUGGCAUAUAUACGAAGAGACUGCUGGAUUCUCGGUAGACGAACUCAAGUCAGUGCCUACAUAUGGAAAUGCAUUCGAUGCGCAAGGUUUCGUCAAAAGAGAGCUCGUCAGUUAAUGGGACAAUUGCCUGCUAAUCGAGUAGCGCCUUCUCGCCCGUUUCUUCAUUCUGGAGUUGAUUAUGCUGGACCUAUAAAUCUCAAAACUUGGAAAGUUCGGGCGGCUCGAUGUUACAAAGCAUAUAUUGCACUCUUCGUUUGUCAUUCUACUUCAGCAAUACACCUGGAAUUGGUCGCAGACUAUACUGCAGAUGCGUUUGUCACAGCUUACAAGAGGUUUACCGCUAGGCGAGGUAUCUGUGCUACUCUUCGCAGUGACUGUGGGACAAACCUGAAAGGAGCUGAUGUGCAACUUCAAGCUUUGUUUUCAUCAUCAUCAGCAGAGCUUGGAAAACUGUAUUCUUUAAUGACAAGAGACGGAACUCAAUAG